AUGUCAUUAGGGUCAAUUCCAUUCGUAUAUCAAUUGAUUUUUAGUGCUAAUUGGAAUGUCAACGAUCUUCCCAAAGAAUCAAAUUUGUCUAUAGUCUUGGUUGGAUUCUUUAUGACCUAUUGUAUAUUAGAUUUAUUGAUUGGCAGAUUCUUUUAUAAACAUGAAAUUAGUAAUGUUACGAGUAUGAAAGGUUAUUUACAUCAUUUGAUUCAUCUUGCAAUAUCAGGAUUUGUCAUUUAUAAACAUCAAACUGAAAUUUUUUGUUUAAUGUCAAUUUUUGAGGUUUCAACUCUUGUCCUGGCGACAGAGAAAUUCAACAACAAAUCAUUAAAACAAGAAAUUUUAUAUGUGACAACCUUCAUUUCAACGAGAUUAUUAUUUCACGCAAUGAUGAUUCACCUUUAUUAUAACUACCAUCCAUCAAAAUCGACUUGGUUAAUAUUAGCUUUACUUUAUCCUCUUCAAUGUUAUUGGCUUUAUGGUUAUAUUAAACAACAGCUUAAUAUGAGGAAUCAACGCAAGAAACGUUCUCAACUUAACAAGAUUCUUUAUAACAAUCAAGAAUUAGAAAUGGUUUUAAACUCUCUUAUGAUGAAUAUCUUGUGA